AUGGAUGACUUUGGGGGCCAGACGCAGGAUACAAUGGACGGAGAUGGGAUGCAGGACGAUACGGGGAUGGAAAGAGACUUGGAUGACGAUAUCCCUGACGCUGAUGCAGACGGUCUAGUCGAGGAAGGGGAAGAAGGUCUGGAGGAGGAAGGUGUUGUGGACGAGGAUGAGGAGGGAUACAUGGAACGCGAUCUGGAUGAUGACAUUCCUGAGGCCUUUUCUGGCUACGAAGACGACGAUGAGGAAGAUCUGGACGAAGGGAACGAGGGUUUCGACGACCAACCAGACCUGGACGCUGACAUCCCGAGUGCGGCGGAGGAAGGUUACGAUGAUGAUGAUGAUGACGAUAUGAGCAUAAACGGAGCCAUGGGCCGUGAUCUGAACGAUGACAUUCCCGAGGCUGAUAACGAUCAUUAUGCACAGGGAGAGGAAGAGGAAUGGCAACAUACGGAUACCGACGCCGAAUUUGACGAUGAAGAGGAUGUCAGCUUCGCGCAGGAUCCCUUUACGCAAAGUCUUCGCGCGAGUACGAGCAGUCGUGGUGGCUUGCCCCCGGUGCCAAUGCGACGAGAGCGAGAGACAGAGGCCCAGCGAAGGUUCUUGCAGCGUUGGAGUGGUGGCGGGGAUGCGUUUGACACCAGCAGCAUGCUUGUAGACGAAGAAGAUCUACGAGCGUCGAUAGCCAGCCAGGCCAGUCGGAGGAGUGUAUUCAGCCGGUUUCCUCGUCGUCGAAUGGGAGGCCCCAGAGACAGCCUCGAAUAA